AUGCAAAACGAAGAGCUUGCUGCUCAGAGGCAAGAGAUAGAAGUUCUUCGUAACGAAAAGGAUGAGGUCAAGAGGCACUUCGGCCAACAGAAAGCUGAAAAUUCGAGAUUGCAACAGCAAAUUACUACACUGAAAGGAGAGAAGACUUCAUUACAGCAGCAGAUUUUGGGAUUGCAACGGAGGAUUCAAGAGAUCGAGGAGCAAAUCGGCACGGAUUGA